AGGAUCAUGAACAUACGGGAGAGCAUUCGUGGGAACUUAUAGGGGAGCAUUCGCAGGAACAUACAGGAGAGCAUUCACAAGAACAUACAGGAGAGCACUCGCGUGAACUUAUAGGGGUGCAUUCGUGGAAACUUAUAGCACUCGCGGGAAGAACAUACGACGGUGGAGCACUCAGAACCUAUGGUGAAGCACUCAGAACAUUUGACAGUGGAGCACUCAGAACAUUCGACGGUAGAGCACUCAGAACCUAUGGUCGAGCACUCAGAACAUAUGGUGGAGUCACUUAG